AUGAAUACCGAGUACCCUGCAGCAGCAGCAGCAGCAGCAGCAGCAGCAGCAGCGGCAGCAGCAGCAGCAGCAGCAGCGGCGGCGGCGGCGGCAGCAGCGGGAGUAGCAGGGGGAGCAGGAGAGGGAACAGUAGCAGGAGGGGGAGCAGGAGGAGACGGGGAACAGCAGCAGCAGCAGCAGCAGCAGCAGCAGCAGCAGCAACAGCAGCAACAGCAGCAGCAGCAGCACAGCAGGAGGGGGAGCAGGAGGAGAAGGGGAGCAGCAGCAGCAGCAGCAGCAGCAGCAGCAACAGCAGCAGCAGCAGAAGCAGCAGCAGCAACAGCAGCAGCAAAGGUAAACCGUAGAAAAUAA